CGCUGAAUGGGACCCUCCCAGGACGCCAGCACUGACGUGGAAUUCAAAUCCCAAUACUGAGAGAAGGGUUUUUGGGCAUUUCGCGCAAAAUAACCGAUAAUGCCCGUGUCUGUCGGCGCCCUCUGGGUGGGGCUCAUGCUGUUGUCCCUCCCUGUUCCAAUCAUUCUGUCCUGCAUCACUGGCAAAGCCGACGUGUGCAAGGAUUUGGAGUUUGCGCCUGGGUCCAAUCUGGCGGGGGAAGGCUUCGACAUAACCAAAAUGCAGCGCAAAGGUGCUUACGUCAUCGACGUGAGCUCGUGGAUGCUCCAGGACAAGAAAUGCAUGAUAUGCAACAAUCCGUAUUUGGGAAGAAAGGAGAAACUUCCCGUGUCCGUCGUGGACUGGAGACCCAACCAUCAGUGCAACAUGAAAGUUUCCAGCAGCAUCCACGAGUCCAGUGAAUCCCUGGUUACUUCCUCCUCAAAUAAUGUGGAGAACAACUGGCAGGUCAAUCUGGACGUCCAAGACAAAAGGGGAGAGGGGAAGCUUAUGUUGGCGGGGACCCAGUCCAACCUGGCCCAGUACUCCAUGGAGAAAACCAAAAAGGACAGAUUCAGCUUCACCAGUCACCAGGUGUCAUGCAGCUACUACAGCUACAGAAUUUCCAACCAGCCUCGUCUACACAGCGAGUUCCAGCAUGCGGUGAAGAAACUCCCGAAGAAAUACAACCGCAAAAGCAAACACCGCUACUACAAAUUCAUUGAUAUUUUCGGCACACAUUACAUUACUAAGGUGCGACUGGGCGGCAGUGUGAGCUCGGUGACCAGCAUCCGGCAGUGUGAGGCAGCACUGCAAGGCCUCAGCGUCGAGGAGGUGAAGACCUGCCUGGAUGUGGAGGCCGCAGCCAGCGUGGGCCAGCGGCUCAAUGUGAACACAAACUACAAGCACUGUGAGGAGGACAAGAAACAGAUGGAGAACAAGGCCAGCUUCUCCAGCAAGUUUAACGACAGAUUCACAGAGAUCCGAGGGGGUCACACCACAGAGCCCGAACUGCUUUUUUCAGACCAGAAAAACCCGACAGCGUACAAGGAGUGGAUGACCUCCUUGGCUACCACUCCAGACCUGGUAUCCUACUCACUGGACUCACUCCAUGAGUUGCUCCCCGACUCUGAACCAAAGGCCGAGCAUCUACAGAACGCCAUAAGCCAUUACAUCUUGGAGCACUCUCUGUGGAAAAACUGCUCUGAACCCUGCCCCAUGGGCGUGAAGACCCAUCCCAAGGAUUCUUGCAUCUGUGCUUGUCAUAACAACCCUGGGGUGACCCCAAGCUGUUGCCCUUCCAAGAGGGGGUUGGCUCGGGUGAAGGUCACCGUGCAGAGAGGUUCGGGACUUUGGGGGGACUAUGAUACAGGCACUGACGGGUAUGUCAAAGUGUUUAGCCUUGGUGUCCCUGCGGGACGCUCUCCGGUGAUCUAUAACAAUAACCACCCCACCUGGAACUACAUGCUUGAUAUGGGCAUGCUGGUGCUGUCGAUGGAAAAUAACCUUCGGUUUGAGGUCUGGGACGAGGACAACAAGUGGGACGAUGACCAGCUGGGCGCCUGCGACGUCAAGUUGACGGCAGGAGUGAAGGAGGACCUGUGCACUCUGAACCACGGCCAGCUCUACUACAAAAUGGAGGUGGAAUGUGCGCCGAAUUUGGGAGGCGAGUCGUGCCACGAUUAUGUGGAGUCGCCGAUGAACUUACAGCUGAAGAAGAGCUAUGUCUCCCGCAACGCCCGGCCCGUGCCAAAGGAAAUACUGACAAAAAUGGGUGUACUGCUAGACACUCAUUACAAUACUAGCCUUGCUACUCAGACUGACUUCUAUGGCAGUAGUUACAAAUGAUUACAGCAACAAAUUUGCUACAAUGUAAAAAGAUAUUUUUCCAGAAAGACUUAAGUUUCCAAAGAACUCAAAGUAAAUUGAUCUGAUCACCUUUAACAGAAGCGAUAUAGUGGCUAGCACUGUUAGCUUACACCUCUGGGACUCGUGUGUGUGGAGUUUGCAUGUUCUCCCUGUGUUGUUGUAGGGCUUUCUCCCACAAUCCAAAAACAUGCUAAGGUAAAUUGAAGUUGCCAGGUUAUCCCCAUGAGUGCGUCCUGCGACGGUUUGGUGCUCCAUCCGGCCUUCUGCCCAUGGCUUCCAAGGGACUAUACAGGCUGGACAUUUAAAAGAAAUUUCCAGUAAAUUGUGAAUCGUUUCUCCCUUCUCACUCUUAAAUGGAAAAUAAUGGUGGUCGUGCUGGUGUGUGUGUGAUGGGGGGGGGGUUCUAAAACCUUUUUUCCAGUUCAAACUGAAUCAUGUCCUCUACCCUAGAAAAAUGCAUUCCAUCUGUCUGAUCUGUGGUUUUGUAAAGCCCUCAUACAAGUCAGUGCUGACUAAUACGCCUCAUAGCUUCUCAAUUGUCAUGUGGCAUCUUUGAAUGUACAGUUGUAUAUUGAAAUUUUACAGUCUCACCUAUUUAUCUAAUUUCUAAAAUAUUAUAUAAUAUUAUAAUUUUCUGCAUUGGCAUCCUGUCUCGAGUGCCCUGGGAUGGAUUCCAGACUUUUUGCUUAAUUUAUACAAUGACAAUCCCUGUAUUAAAGCUCUAGAAAUGUAACCAUAAUAGAAAAUUAUAUUAGACCAUCAUAUUAUUUCUUAUACACUUUAUUGUGACUUGUUUUUUAGCAUUUUUGUAUGUAUUUUGCUAUUCUUCACAAAAUAAACAUUGAGGUAAAGUG